AUGACAAAGGGAGCACUGACGCGUCCUCCACGCAGAUUUGGUGGCAGGGGGCGCGUUCCCCAUGGCCGUUUGAAGGGGUUGAGUUUUGCUAGUAAUGACGUCAGGGACGACGCUGGGGGAGGUGGAGAGAGAGAACUGACGCGGAAUCCAUACGGACUUGGUGGGCUGCGAGCCCGUUCUCAACGAUUGGUGCAAGGCUUGUUGCAUGUUUUCGACCAUGCUAGUGAUGACAUCAGUCGACGAACGCUGGGGGGGAUGACGAGCGUGGAGGAACUUAGUACCGACGUUAUAACAAGAGCCUGCAUCCUAUUCUGGUGGGCCUCGAGCACACGGGCGAUGCUGGUGCAAAUGGCGUCAGCGGACGGAUACUGGGGCAGAGAGGAGCACCGACUUAGCGUCCGCGCGCUCUUGACGGGCAUCGAGCACAGACUUGAUCACUGUACGCACAGGCUCUGCCGCGGGGAGUCUGGGCGCGCUGCUAUUGGCGAUUGCAAGUGGGUCGAAGACGCCCCGUCUGACGAGAAAUCGCUGGGGCGAGCUGCCGUGGAGUUGGGCAUUAUCCACUUACCGAACGAGAAUGAGGCGGAUGAGGGCUCAGGGAACAUUGAAGCCCUGUGGACGAGGGCGUAUUUGAGGUUUCGCGUCCUUCUGUUCGGCUUUCUUGGGCAUGCCGGCGCGGAGGGUACGGGUUUUGGACGAGGGAGGGGGCAGUAUCAUUCGCCAUUUCCCGAUGUUCGAUUUCGUACGUCCCACUCCCGGGAUCGGAAGCCAACAGGGCGCGCCGGUGCCCGUGCGACACCCUCCGUUUCGAUGUUGACCAUUCCGGUGGCGGAAGAAGGCUCCUGUCGUUCGCUCAAGUUCGCGGACUUCAAGGCGCUGCGCCCGUCGCCCACAUUGCUGCCACCCCUCGCCCGUGCGCAGAUUGGGGUCUUUGACGAAGGCGCGUGCCGCGUCCGUGAAAAGCUGCUCCGGCGUGAUGUCGGCGGAAAUUCUAAGGCGGGCGGGGCCAGGGGGAAUUGGAGGUAUACAGAGAGCAGGAGAGAACUUAAAACUCACAUGUUGAGGCUAGUCAUGUCUAAAACGGGGCUUGACCAGACGACACAAGAGAUGCGAAGCGUGCGGUCUGCUCAGAAAAACGAGAGGGACAGAAAGAAGACGAGGUGGAGGUCACACCAGGCGCCGGCGAGGAACCAGUUGAUGAACAGCCGCUUCGAGGCCGAAAAUGGCUCACUGAGAACAGAAAUCGCCUCUAAGUCUCUGCUAAAGCCCAUUUUGUCGAAAUUUCGACCAUGUCACGGCCCACAGGGCGGUCCGUCGAAUGUCGAAUCCGUAUUUUGGAUGUCACACGUCACAAGGGCCGUCGAAUUGAGUGAAAUGCGCUCCCCCAUGGUGCAGCACACGUUUCCACACUCCGAGCCGCGCGCUUUCUAUCAUGUCCAGACGCUGAGUGAGCCUGGCCGCCCGCCUGGUCGUGGGUUGCCUGCGCAAUGCGCGAGAAACUUUACCGUGCUAAAGCAGGACAAUAUCCCGCAUGUGCGGGACGCGUUGAAGGAACCCUCCAGUUUCGAAGACAACACAAGAUCAAACUACUCAGAUACAAUUACACUUGUCAUAUCGCAGAGCCACACGAGCGUGCAAUCUCAAGGGGCACCCGCAGCGCGCUCCAAGAGAGCCGCCCUCACGAGCAGCCGCCCCACGAAGCUCAUCCCCUCUCCCUUCAACGCAUCCAUCAACAGAUCCAUCGCCUCCCGCCGCGACCCCCGCCCGAACUCCCGCAUCUUCGUUUCGUCCUUCAGACCCACGCGUCGGAGCAGCGCGCCUUCCUCCGCCCCCAGCGCGAACUCGGCGCACAGCCGGUCCACGGCGUCUGGCGCGGCGCGCGGCGGGGGGAUGGCAGGCGAGGCAGACCGCGAACUUGCAUGCGCGCGCGAGGGCCCGGCGGCGGAAGCGGUGGCGCGCGAUGGAGCAGCCAUCCGGCGGGCUGGCGAGCGCUGGCGGCGAGAAGUGUGCUGGCUGCGGUGCGGUUCGACGCAUCUCAAGUGGCGCCGGACGUUUUUCACGACGCGACGUUGGGUAUUGACGGGGAUGUGCUGGGAUGUCGCGAGCGUUGCGAUAGUAGUCGGAGAGAGUGGCUGGGAUCAAAACGCGUUUCAAUGCACGGAGCUCCGUUACUUGACGUACCUUAUCGCACGUGUGGCACAAGACACUCCAUAG